GUCCCAUAGCGUAGCUGCAGGAAGGUCUGGCAACCAGCCCACAUAAACACGCUGCGUUUGGUGUCGUGGUCCGUGGUCACUUGCGAGCAUCCGGCUCGGGUCUUUUGAGCAUGUUUACGGUGCUCGAACGUUCUUUCGACUCUAAACAGUCGCCCAAGAGCAAACUAAACUUCCUAGAAGCCUCGCACGCCAACUCCGACUACUUCGGCCAGGCCGACUUCACGCCAAAGGUCGUCGCUACCAAAGUUAAAUCGUUACUUCAAUCUCAAAAGACGAGCUAUGAUGCGUUGCUCCUGCUGGACUGCUACCUCAGCACAUUUCCAGCUGGCAUUGUACAGGCAGAUGCCCUUUUCUGGACACGGUCUAUCAUCCACCUUCUCGCUGGCAAGCGGCCUCGGGGGGCCCAGCGAGCAGGCUGGCGUUUGCUGUGUCGCCUGCUCCCUCUGUUGUCUGAACAGCUGAACCGAGAUGCCGCAGGACUGAUGCCCGUGCUUUUAGAAAGGCUCCUGGCGCACCUCUCGUCACCGACAGAACGAGAGCCUGACGAAGGCGCAUUGAGGUGCCUCUUGGUCUGUAUGAAGGAGUAUGGCCGUCUGAUGAGCUCUGUUCAGGAUGCCCUGGAGAAAACUUUGCUCAGGCUGCUUGUCACCUGGAAUUCGCAGCUGGUUCAGGAACUGGUCUGCGAGUGUGUGGCGCUACUUCCUUGCUGUCGGCGAGCCGGCGGUGGCGGCAACAAGGGCGCAGCUGCUUCGGAGGCCUGGUCCCAGCAGCUGGGGCGCCUCAUGGCCACCGUGCACACAGCGCUCGACAGCCUCUUCCAGGACCUGCACAUUGACAAGGGGCGGCCCCGAGCAGACAAGGCAGUUCCCCUGGAGGUUCCCAGCUCGCCUGAAGAAAGCCACCAGGCUAGCCUCCUGUGCUGGCGCCGCACCAUGAGCCUCAUGCGAACCAUCAGCCUUAUGCUCGUGGGGUCCAGCAUGCACCAGCCGGUGCUGGUUCCAUUUGAAGACGUACUUGAGCUCGUGUACAGAGUCCUCGGUGCUCACCUUCCGGUCAAGAGCUCUGGUGCCACAGCACAGGCCAACCUUGUUGCAGCCAUCUUGCCCUCUAUUCAACACGAAGCUGUGCAGCUCCUCAGCCAGCUGAUAUGCAGCUGCAGGCAGUUGCUGAUGCCGGAGGCAGUGAACAUUGUGGGCCUGAUUGAGGAAGUGUGCCUUCGCACCACACAGGACCUUUCCAAUGACACACGUCGGCUGCGACAGGCGUGCUACGCUGCACUGUGCCUGUGGCUGCAGACCAUCCGAUCACGGUUGGGCCUCAGCUCACUUGUUGAGAAACUGGUCCCACAUUUGCUGCAAGACAUUGAGCCUGUUGGAGCCACGACUGUCCAGCUGGCAUCUUCAAGGAAUGGUGGAACGACGCCUCAUAAGGACAGAAAUAAAGUGGACGACAACUUUAAUCUCGAGUCCUGUGCACAGUUGUGCGAGAAUGCAUUGAAAGCGUUGCAAGGCCUGGUGAGUGCACCUGGUGCCAUCAUGAAGCCUGAGACUGUGCAGGAGAUACAGUGCAGCGUGGUGACUCUGCUGGUGCGACUCCAGCAGCCAGGCAACCCUCUGCCGCAGCCUUACCGCAGUCCCCGGUGCCGGCGUGCCCUCUAUGCCUUGCUGCUGUCCCUGGCAGCCAGCCGAAACGGCCCGCCACCACUCCACUGCUGUGCUCGGCUCUUCAACGUGGGCCUCAAGGACACAUGCUACGAGGUGGUCGAGCUGUGCAGCCAGGCUCUGUCAUGCCUGUCCCUGCAUCCUCAAGGGUCUGGGCCCACAGGUACAUGGCCCCCACUGCGUUGCCAUCGGGCUGCCUGGGUUCUUGCUGACGGUGCGUGCCAGACAACACCUCCGACACUGGCCAGUGUCGGCUGUCAGGCUCAGUUGCAACCACCUCCUUCGUCGCCACGCCCGGCAGCAGUGGCUGUUCCACAGCCACUCAAACGCAAGGCUGUCACAGCUAUGCACUUCAGAGCUAAGCGCAUCACAACUCUUGGGCCAAUGUACAGAACCAGUAACCAGGAGACUGAAGUGCUGUCUGAUGAGGAUGGGCACGAUUACAUGGAUUAUGAAGAAGAUUAUGAGGACGCGGAGCUGGAGAAGCUGCAGGCUGCAGAGGCCAUGCAGAUGCGCCAUCCUCCAGUGAAUGGUCAAGGCUUCCACGAUCGCCACCUCGGAUCCGGUGUGGGACCAGGCCCGGGGGGUCGCUCUGCUGGUGGUGCCACUGGACCCGCAAGGCUCGUCCCCAUGGCCGAGGACUCGUCAGAGGACGAGGAGGGCUCCGAGGAAGACUACGACGAAGACGAGGAAGAGGGUGACUACGGCGAGUCUGCCGAAGAGCCCUGUAUCGAAGCCAUUGAGCUCGAAAGUGACGACGUCGAUGGGUCGGGCCUGCCACCGCCAGAAAGUGACGGGGCACCCGAGGAAGUGGCGCUUGCGGUGCUUGAAGCAUCGCAUGAGGAAGACCAAGAGGAAGUGGGCGUUGAUUCGGAUGCUGCAUUUUCCAUCACAGCUGACGUCGCGGAGGCUUCUGUAACGGUGACACCUGUGAGCAGCCAGCCCAGCAUUGUCGUUGAGGACGGGCAUGCCGAAGAGGAACAGGUGCCACCGCAGCCUGAGCCUCAGUCUCAGCCAUGCGAGACCGAAGAGGCUGGUGCCGAAGUUGUGCAGGAGCCAUGCGCUGUAACUGCAGAACCAGAAGCAUUGAAAGUGGAAGUAGAAGAACCAGUCCUAGUCGAGAACCACGCGGAGGAAGAAAAGGGUGAAGACUCCAAGCAGGAGGCAUGCGAGGAAACUGGGCUCCCUCCGCCCAGCGAGCCCUCUAUAGAGCCCACAGUGACCAAGCCAUCAUCGGAAGAGCCAAACAAUGGCGCAGCAGAAGCCACAGAAGAAGGGCCUGCGGUCACCGAAAUGCUACGGGACUUUGUGGACUGUGGACCCGACGAGUGAAGGCUCGAAGACGUUACGUACUCCGAUCUUAGGAUGGGAAGGGCCUGUCUUUUUCUUCUCAUUAUCACCACCGAUAUUUUCCAUCGACUUUCUCAACUGACCCCUUCACGUGUUAUAUACACAUAUGCAUACACAAGCAAGUAUGUGAGCUUUGGUGUGGCCUGUGUUCUGCCUCUCCAUUUGGAUGCAUAAGCAUUAAAAUACCCUGCUGAGGCUUCCCCUUUUUCUGGCAGCAUUUUAGGCAAUUCCUUUGUCUCUGUGUAUCUGUAAUAUGUGAAUGAUGCUAGCGUGUCUGAGCCAGUGAUAUGAGGAGAAUAAGUUUUCUGCGCAUCUGUGGUACAGUUGUGAUUUUACUGACUCUCCAGCAUGAAAGCUUGUGACAGUUUCCUUGGGUGUAAGGGAAUUCGAAUGAUACCCUGUGUUUUUUUUU